GGACUAAUAAAUAGUCCGCAACUGAACACCCGCACACAGAUAGAGACUCUCUCUUUCUCUUUGUCCCCACCUCUCUCUCUCUCUCUCUCUCUCUCUAUCUAAACAUGCUAAAUCUCCGGCUCGAGAAUAGGGAAGGCAAACGAGGAGUAAAGCCAUGAAGUUCGAGGGGAUGUAGCACUACUUCCAGGAAUGUGACAUUAUACAUAUCUAUAAGAGGAUGGAGUCAUGUGAUUGUAUUGAGCCUCAGUGGUCUGCGGAUGAGCUAUUGAUAAAAUAUCAGUAUAUAUCAGACUUCUUUAUCGCUCUUGCUUAUUUCUCCAUCCCUCUUGAGCUUAUUUAUUUUGUCAAAAAGUCUUCAGUCUUUCCAUACAGAUGGGUUCUAGUGCAAUUUGGUGCAUUUAUUGUUCUUUGUGGGGCAACUCAUCUUAUCAACUUAUGGACAUUCAAUGCACACUCAAAAACAGUUGCAAUUGUAAUGGCUGUUGCUAAAGUUCUUACUGCAGUUGUGUCAUGUGCAACGGCCUUGAUGCUUGUGCACAUUAUUCCUGAUUUAUUAAGUGUAAAAACUCGGGAACUGUUUUUGAAAAACAAGGCUGCUGAGCUUGAUAGAGAGAUGGGCUUGAUACGAACCCAGGAAGAAACAGGCCGACAUGUGAGAAUGCUUACUCAUGAAAUUAGAAGUACCCUUGACAGAGAUACUAUACUGAAGACCACUCUUGUUGAGCUUGGUAGAACUUUGGCUUUAGAAGAGUGUGCCCUUUGGAUGCCUUCUCGAACAGGUUUGGAUCUUCAGCUCUCCCAUGCCCUUCGUUACCAGAAUACAGUUGGUUCCAUUGUACACAUCCAACAUCCAGUGGUGACUCAGGUCUUUAGUACCAAUCGGGCUGUCAAAAUUUCACCAAAUUGUCCCAUGGCCAGGGUUAGACCACUAUCAGGGAGAUACAUGCCUGGCGAGGUUGUUGCAGUACGUGUCCCACUUUUACAUCUGUCAAAUUUCCAAAUCAAUGACUGGCCAGAUUUUUCCACAAGACGUUAUGCUUUAAUGGUGCUGAUGCUCCCUUCAGAUAGUGCAAGGCAGUGGCAUGUCCAUGAACUGGAGCUUGUUGAAGUGGUUGCUGACCAGGUUGCAGUAGCUCUUUCCCAUGCUGCAAUUUUAGAAGAGUCAAUGCGGGCAAGAGAUAAACUCAUGGAGCAAAAUAUUGCACUGGAUUUGGCACGUAGAGAAGCAGAAAUGGCUAUUCGUGCUCGAAAUGACUUUUUGGCUGUUAUGAAUCAUGAAAUGCGGAUUCCUAUGAAUGCAAUCAUUGCAUUGGCUUCUUUACUUCUAGAAACUGAUCUAACUCCAGAACAGCGUCUGAUGGUGGAGACCAUUCUAAAAAGUAGCAAUCUUUUGGCGGCACUUAUUAAUGAUGUUUUGGACCUUUCAAGGCUUGAAGAUGGAAGCUUUGAGCUUGAAAAUGAAGUUUUCAAUCUUCACGCUGUCUUUAAAGAGGUUAUUAACCUGGUAAAACCCAUAGCCUUUGUGAAGAAAUUAUCUGUCUCGUUGAGUUUGUCUCCAGACUUACCAGAAUAUGCUGUGGGAGAUGAAAAACGCCUUAUGCAGAUUCUUCUCAAUGUUGCUGGUAAUUCUGUCAAGUUCUCAAAGGAAGGAAGCAUAUAUGUCAUCGCAAGUGUUGCAAAAGUUGAAUCUUUGAAGGAUGCUUGGCUUCCUGAUUUUCACCCUGUCUCAAGUGAUCGUCAUUUCUAUUUGCAAGUUCAGGUUAAGGAUUCAGGUUCAGGAAUUAGUCCACAGGACAUUCCAAUAUUGUUUACCAAGUUUGCACAGGCUGGUAACUCUGCAAAUAGAAAUCCUGGUGGCGCAGGGAUUGGUCUUGCCAUUUGUAAAAGGUUCUUGAAUUUGAUGGGAGGACACAUUUGGCUUGAAAGUGAGGGUUUGGGGAAGGGUUGUACUGCUAUUUUCUUUGUAAAGUUGGGAAUUCCUGAGAAUUCAAAUGAAGGUGCAUCACAAAUUGUUUCUGCAGUGCAGUCAAAUUUUCUUCGGAUAGAUAAUUCUGGAGUACAAGUGCUCGGAACAGACAACAGUGGAAUGGUGGUUUUACAAAGUCCCAGUAGUAUGAUUUAAAUGUAUAAGCAUUUGGCUGUCUGGUGCCAUUGUUUUGUAAUAUUAUGUGGAAAUAUCUGCAUCUCGCUCGCCUUCAGAUAAAAUAGCAUACAUAAAUAGAAAAUAUUUUAGUUUAUAAAUGUCAACGUGUUUACAUUGUCAAGAUACAUAUGGAGAUGGCGUGGUCCAUUCAAAAGUGGAGUUUAAUGCAAGUCUUUCAUCUGGUA